CCAAUAUAUCAGACUCGAAAUCAUCACAGUGUGGGGCGAUACUGUGACUAUGUAAAGUCCAUGGUAACUUCAGGGCGUAAUUCCAGAAUUGAUCAUUGGUUUAUAGAUCAUCACAGGCGUCACCUGCAUUAUCAGUGGAAUCAGGGCGUCCUAUGAGGCCGAUCGAAUGCUAGGCAAUGGAAAGGUCAUUGGAAACUUCAAACGUCGUGGGAUGAUCCUUUUGGUGAUGGAUCUUAACGAGACCAUUGAUCUGUGUCGUGAAUCCCUUCGGCUAAGGCGGCUUGAUGAUCCUGAGCACCAUGCAACUCUUUUCAAUUCGAGCUUGACGCUCUGCUCUUGUUUUACACACACUCGGAAGAAUGAAGAUGUUGAGGAGGCCAUUCAUCGCUGCCAAGAACCAUUGGCGGCUCUGUCUUCACUGCAUCCGGUCUGGUUUUUCAGCUACGCGCGGCUGCAGGAGGCCUAUUUGUCUCGUUACCAGAUUCUGCACGACCCUGCUGAUUUGUCGCUCGCUGUAGAGAACUUCAGACUGGCGUCGAGUCACUUCACUCAAGGAUUUUUAGAACGCAUCAUUCAGGUAUAUAAUUGGGCCAUUGCAGCAGGGCAGCAUGGUCAUGGAUCCACACUCGAGGCUUACUCAACAUUUUUCGAGCUUCUGGUUGCUCAUUUGACAACAUGACUCCCGUAGAUGCAGCCAUCCGCUGUGACAAUCUACGACACAGUGGAACUUGUAGAGCAGGGCCGUGGCCAGCAAUAGUCGCUGGCCUCUCGAGUCUGCAAAUCUGAAACUGGCGCACAACUAUUUGGAGCUGAACAAGCAUGUUUCCGAUGCCACCCAGAGUUCUGCAACCAUCACCGGCAGAGCUAUUGCUGAUCGGGCAGUAACCAAGUACAUAAAACUUAUGGAGCAGUGGGAAG